UUCAGUUACCUAAAUUGUCAUAAUUUUUUUAUUAUUCUCACAUGUGAGGGCGCGGGUUCGAAACCUGGCAAGUACCGAUGUGAUCUUUUCAUAGGUACUUUCUAAGAGUAUUUAGACACCACUGACAGACAGUGAAGGAAAACAUCAUGACGAAACCUGAUCUUAUAAUUUCAAACUAUAAGAUUGAAAUUGCCAACCCGUCUUGAGCAAGUGUGGUGAUUAAUGCUCUAACCCUCUCCAUGUGAGAAGAGGCCUUUGCUUAGCAGUGGGCUUCAAUAGGCUGAUGAUAUGAUGAUAAAUUUAAAAAAAAAAUACUAGUUUGGUCCAUAUAUAUAUGGACUGAAGUUUUUUUGAGAACUAUGUUUUAUAGACUUGCAAUAAUCUUAAUAAUAAAAUAGGAUUUUGAUAUAAAUAUGUAGUACUUUAAUAAAUUAACUGGCUUUACAUUUAUUCUUAAGAGGUAGCUAAUGAAUUGAUACAAGGAAUUCUGUAUUGUUGGGUAGCAAUCAAGUAAGUAUGGCAUUCUUCAUAGUGUCAUGGCAACCACACCAUAAACAAUACUGACAUUGAUAAACUGACUGCUUACUUUCUAUCUAUCCCAUACCUGAAUUUAGUUUAUAAAUAAGAACUCAUUUGUUGAUUAAAUUACCAAAAAAAAAAAUUAAAUCAUUAUCAAUAUUAAAUAUAAUAACAAUGUCCGACACCGAAGAAGAAGAUAAUUUAGUGAAAUUCAUAAAAAUUACCCUCGUGGGGGAACCAGCUACAGGAAAGACUAGUAUAUGUCGUCGGUUCGUUGGUGCCAAUGUUAGUGUUAGUGGCGGUACUCAGGGGGCGGAAGUGACGGCGGCUCAGCUGGCGGGUGUGACGUCACCGCUGCGUCUCUGUGAUGUAGCUGGUGCUGCGCUCAACACUGAGAUGCUGCCAAACUACUUAUUCGACACAGAUAUACUUAUAUUUGUGUACGAUCUCACGAACUUACAAAGCUUCGAGAGGCUUAAAUUAUGGAUGGAGAAGGUGAAGCAAAUCUUGGAUUCAGAAAAGAAGAAGCCUUUAAUGGCUCUGUUCGGCAACAAAUCUGAUUUGGAACAUCAAAGGGCUGUGAGGUUGUCCUGCGUGCAAAAGUUCGCCUCGGAAUAUUUCUUAGAAAAUUACAAAGGAUCUGCCAGGACCGGAGAAACGAUAAGCAUAUUGUUUUCCAAUUUGCUAUCGAAUCUGCUCGGCAUAAAACUGAAAUCAGAUGUACCUCCGUAUAAAAGAAUUUUGGACACGCAACUGUCUGAAACCGCGAGCAUGUCGCCCAGUGAGGAUACAGCCAGCACUCUGAUCGUCAAUCGUAAAGUGCUGAGGAAAGUACAGAGAAAAUCAUCUGCAGUUUGUUCCCUUCAAUAAAAUUUGUACCAACAA